GCGGCGGGCGGCGGGCGCCAUCUUGGUCGGCGGCGCGGAUUGAAUGAGCCCGCCGAGUCGCGGCCGCCGUUCCGAGCCGCGCGGACCUCGAGCCGCCGCCGCCAUGGCCACGCCGCCGCCGAGCCGCGCGGGCGGGCCCGCCACGCCGCUGUCGCCCACGCGCCUGUCGUGGCUGCAGGAGAAGGAGGAGCUGCGCGAGCUGAACGACCGGCUGGCGCACUACAUCGAUCGCGUCCGCGCGCUCGAGCUGGAGAACGACCGGCUGCAGCUCAAGAUCUCCGAGCGCGAGGAGGUGACCACGCGCGAGGUGAGCGGCAUCAAGACGCUCUACGAGGCGGAGCUGGCCGAUGCCCGCCGGGUGCUGGACGAGACGGCCCGGGACCGGGCCCGGCUGCAGAUCGAAAUGGGGAAGCUGAAGGCUGACCUGGAGGAGGCCAACAAGAGCGCCAAGAAGAGAGAGGGCGAACUCACGGUGGCCCAGGGCCGCGUCAGGGACCUGGAGUCCGUGUUCCACCGGAGUGAGGCAGAGCUGGCCGCUGCGCUCAGCGACAAGCGCGCCCUGGAGAACGAUGUGGCCGAGCUGCGGGCCCAGUUGGCCAAGGCGGAGGAUGGGCACGCGGUGGCCAAAACACAGCUGGAGCAGGAGACGCUGAUGCGCGUGGACCUGGAGAACCGCUGUCAGAGCCUGCAGGAGGAGCUGGCCUUCCGCAGGGACGUCUUCGAGGAGGAGGUGCGCGAGACGCGGCGGCGGCACGAGCGGCGCCUGGUGGAGGUGGACAGCAGCCGGCAGCAGGAGUACGACUUCAAGAUGGCCCAGGCGCUGGACGAGCUGCGGGCGCAGCACGACGAGCAAGUGCGGCUGUACCGCCUGGAGCUGGAGCAGACCUACCAGGCCAAGCUGGACAACGCCAAGCUGAGCUCCGACCAGAACGACAAGGCCGCCAGCGCCGCCCGGGAGGAGCUGAAGGAGGCCCGCAUGCGGGUCGAGUCCCUCAGCUACCAGCUCUCCGGCCUCCAGAAGCAGGCGAGCGCCGCCGAGGACCGGAUCCGCGAGCUGGAGGAGACCGUGUCCGGGGAGCAGGACAAGUUCCGGAAGAUGCUGGACGCCAAGGAGCGGGAGAUGACGGAGAUGCGGGACGUGAUGCAGCAGCAGCUGGCCGAGUACCAGGAGCUGCUGGACGUCAAGCUGGCCCUGGACAUGGAGAUCAGCGCCUACCGCAAGCUCCUCGAGGGCGAGGAGGAGAGGCUGAAGCUGUCCCCCAGCCUGUCGUCGCGCAUCACCGUCUCGCGCGCCGCGUCGAGCAGCAGCGGCAGCAGCGUGUCCGUGUCCGGGCGCGCGGGUCGCACCAAGCGGAAGCGGCUGCAGGUGGAGGAGCCGCCGGGCACCGGCUCGAGCGGUCUCGGCUCUGGCGGCGGCGGCUCUGGCGGCGGCGGCAGCUUCCGCCUGGCCCAGCAGGCCUCGGCCUCGGGCAGCGUCAGCAUCGAGGAGAUCGACCUGGAGGGCAAGUUCGUUCAGCUGAAGAACAGCUCGGACAAGGACCAGUCUCUGGGCAACUGGAGGAUCAAGAGGCAGAUCCUAGAAGGGGAGGAGAUCGCCUACAAGUUCACGCCCAAGUACGUGCUGCGAGCAGGCCAGACUGUCACGGUGUGGGCAGCCGGAGCAGGCGUGGCUCACAGCCCCCCGUCCACGCUCGUGUGGAAAAGCCAGAACAGCUGGGGCACGGGCGAGAGCUUCCGGACUGUCCUGAUCAACGCUGACGGGGAGGAAGUGGCCAUGAGAACUGUGAAGCAGUCCUCGGUGGUGCGGGAGGCCGAGAACGGGGAGGAGGGCGAGGACGAGGCUGCGGAGUUUGGAGAGGAGGACCUUUUCCAUCAGCAGGGGGACCCAAGGACCACCUCUAGAGGCUGCCGCGUCAUGUGAACCGAACACGCCGGUCACCCGUCUUUCUUUACCCAGAGCCACUGAAAACUAUUUUUAUAUCAUUGGCUUCUUUAGUCCUCGGUACAUUUCUAGAGAAUUUUUAAGCAAACUGCCAGAGCGUGGGGGUGGGUCUCUGCUGAUCUUUCCUAUCGGUGGGUUUCCCUGGACCCUGCAUCACCGCUGUCCGGACUGUUUAGGUGCCCCAUUUCACCUUUCAGUUGAGUUCCAAGCCCAGGAGCCGAGUGGCUCGUGGGCUUUGGGCUGAGAGUCUGGGGGGGGCCGUCCACUGCCUUGAUCUCUGUGGCAGCCGCGGGUCAGGGCAGGAGAGGAGGCCUGAGGUGGACAGAACGGAACUGCGUAGGAAUCCGAUAGCUGUUUGUUUUACUAAGCUUUUAAAAAACCAAAAUCAGAAUCCAGGUUCCGACCUGGGGCGGGGGGGGG